GAAGUGACUAUUGCACUUUCCAAACAAUAAUUUAAAUUUAAAAAAUUGACAUAUUAAUCAAAAUUAAUACGUGUAUAAACUGAAGCAACAAUUAGAAUUACACUCUGUAUUACUAUGUAUUCUGCAAAAUUCCCAGAUGAAUUCAUGUAUAUAAAUUCAUAAACAUUCACAUUUAAUUCGUAUUUUUUUAGGGUUUGGUCAAAGAUGUCAAGCAAUUCAGAUGCAGAGAUUGCAGCAGCGGCUGCUGCUCCAUCUGCAUCUCAAGAAGUUGCAGAAGUAUUAGCAGCAGCACCGCCGCCGGUCUCCGAUUCGGCGUCUUCCGCCGUCCCCAACUCCGAAUCCGAAAACAACCCAUCACCGCCGGGGCCUAAUCCGGAAGCCCCAGUGGGCUGGCCGGCCGACGGAAAGCUCAGUCUCGAAUGGAUUCGGAACCUCAUGUCCGUUUUUGAUUGGGCAUCCAGAAAUCUGGACCCGACCCAGUUGCCCGACGUGUUUCCCGUAGAGGUUUUCGAUAGCUUGGUCCUCUGCGCAUCCAAGAUUCUCCACAAAGAGUCCAAUUGCGUCGCUGUCGAUCAGUUAGGCCCGGAAUCUACCGUGGUGGUCGUCGGUGACCUUCACGGUCAGCUGCACGACCUCCUUUUUCUUUUAAACGAUGCUGGGUUUCCAUCAGAAAACCGAUUUUUUGUCUUCAAUGGCGAUUACGUUGACAGAGGGGCUUGGGGUCUAGAAAGCUUCUUAAUUUUGUUAGCUUGGAAGGUGUUUUUGCCCAGAAGUGUUUAUCUUUUAAGAGGAAACCACGAAUCGAAAUACUGCACUUCGGUUUACGGAUUCGAGAAGGAAGUACUGACAAAGUAUGGAGAUAAAGGGAAGCAUGUGUACCGAAAAUGUCUUGGGUGCUUUGAAGGUCUUCCCUUGACCUCCAUGGUUGGUAAAUAUGUAUAUACUGCUCAUGGCGGGCUGUUUCGCAGCACGCCGGCCACCCCCAAGAGAUCGAAAGGAAAGAAGAAUAGGAGGAUAGCUUUCAAUCCUGAACCCAGUAGUACAUUGUCUCUUGGAUCCUUUGAAGAAUUAAAUAAGGCUCGAAGAUCGGUUCUUGAUCCUCCGUGGGAAGGUUCGAACUUGAUUCCUGGUGAUGUGCUGUGGUCGGAUCCCUCCAUGAAGCCCGGUCUUUCUCCGAAUAAAGAGAGAGGCAUUGGUCUGCUUUGGGGUCCUGACUGCACUGAGGAUUUUCUCAAGAAGUUUCAACUCAAGUUGAUUAUCAGAUCGCAUGAAGGUCCAGAUGCGCGGGAAAAGCGGCCAGGUCUUGGUGGAAUGGAUAACGGGUACACCAUAGAUCACAUUGUGGAGUCCGGGAAGCUCAUUACUUUGUUUAGUGCUCCAGACUACCCACAAUUCCAGGGGACAGAAGAGAGGUACAGAAAUAAAGGGGCUUACAUUGUUCUAGAACCCCCGAACUUCGAUAAUCCUGUAUUUCAUAGCUUUGAAGCAAUCACUCCAAGACCAAAGGCAAACCCCUUUUACAACUUCGAAGAAGUGAUUGAUUCCGAUGAAGAGUUGGACUUGGCAUCGAUGGCGACUAGCCCGUGAAGGUCCUCGGUCACCUGUUUCCGUCUUUCGUAUGAUGUCGAUCGCCAGUUUUACAACCCGUUCAUGAUUUUGCUGUGUUACUCAAAUUUACGGAAUGCAUUUUCUUUUGCCUUGCGAAAUGCCCUUUCAAAAUGUACAAUUAUCUUUAAAUGGGGCAGUCUUAUGGUAAUCAUUAUUAUUUUGGGAAGUUUAACGAAAAGCACCUGGUAAGUGAAUAAAAAAUCACAUUUUUACACUAAAAA